AUGACGAAUGUUGAAACCGGAAUGCUGGAUGUGGGAACCCACUGCACGUUUUGCCGACAGCUCGACUUCCUUCCCUUUCACUGCAAACAAUGUGGAGGUGACUUUUGCAGCUCUCACAGGAGCCGAACUUCACACCGCUGCGCUUCGGAGCAGCAGCAAAAUUCAGAGCAGGAACCCCAGUCGGGGAGCGUCUCCCCAGUUAGGAACGCCAAUGGAGAGUAUUUUGCUACUUUGCUUCCAGAGAAAGGCCACAUUCGCGUAAAGCAGGCGGAACAGAAUGCGCAAAGGCCGCAUAGGGCUAGCGACCGAAGUGUCAAAGACCGGCUCGAGGCCAGCGGAAACAAAAGCGCAUUAGAAAAGUUGAAAUCGUUUUUCGGAAGGCGAUCUAACUCCCGUGCUGCCAAUCCAUCGAAAAAGGGUCCGGCGAACCGUCUCAUUCAGCUUGCAAAGCUUAAACAAUCGGCGAAAGGGGAUCCCAAAAUCCCAAUGGCCAACCGUGUGUAUGCAUUUUGCUUCGUGAUCGAUGCCAAAGACGAGAACGUGAGGCACGAACUCUUUGUUAACAAGAUAUGGCCCGUGGGGCGCGCCCUCGACUACAUAGCGAACCAACUUGCCGUGCAAAACCUUAACAACAGCGUCCAAGCCUCCGUCAACGAAAAGCUUUUUCUGUACCGUGACUGCGAUGGUGUGCCGGCUCCCCUCGAUACAUCUUGCCGAGUUGCGGCAAUCAUUCACGAUGCUGACACCCUUUAUCUGGUACGAGGUGAACAACUUCCUACCGUUUAA